CCAAUGGAGGACGGCGGGGCGGAGAACGCUCUGCAAUUGAACUAAAGGACCGCAGGCAGCUGUACACGAGCAUCCUCUAUUCUACACACGCGCCCACAUCACACAGUCAAUGGAUUACACCUUCUCUCUCCAAGUGCAGCACCAUCUGACCGUAUACCCGACACACUUAUACGAGGACUACAGCUUAGAGUUACAGAUGAAGUCAACAGAGGUGGAUCAAGGCCUUUUCACAGACAGUUACUGCAAAGUGUGCAGCGCUCAGCUCAUCUCAGAGUCACAGAGAGUGGCACAUUAUGAGAGCCGGAAACAUGCAAACAAAGUGCGUCUGUAUUACAUGUUGCAUCCAGUAGAUGGUGGAUGUCCAGCUAAGAAGCUCAGAACAGAUGACGGGAGUGAGGAGGGAGAUGUGGAUAAGAACAAGUGCUGUACACUGUGUAACAUGUCCUUUACUUCAGCGGUGGUAGCGCAGUCUCAUUACCAAGGCAAGAUCCAUGCUAAGAGGCUCAAACUUCUGCUGGGGGAACAGCCUGCCAUAACAGCCAAAGAGGUUACACCUAGUCCAGUGAAAACACCCUCGUCAGAAACCUCACCUGUGAGCUCGACCCGUCAGCACCGGGAUUCUGAUCGCUACUGUCAGCUGUGCAAUGCUUGGUUCAACAAUCCUGGAAUGGCACAGCAACACUACGACGGCAAAAAGCACAAGAAAAAUGCAGCACGUGCAGAUCUACUGGAACAGCUAGGGAAGACUUUAGACAUGGGAGAGAUGAAAGGUCUAAAACGCUGCUACACAUGUGAUGUCUGCAGCGUCACACUGAAUUCAGUGGCACAGUAUCAUGCACACCUGCAGGGCUCCAAGCACCAAAACAACCUAAAAAAUCAGCUGUGUGUCCAGUGAACCAACAGGAAAAACAAGAUGAUUGGAUUGAUGUCAGACAAGCUGUGAUCAGCUUGCCCAGGAUUUUCUGCCUCUAUUCUGUCCUCCCUUUCUCUCUCUCUCUCUCUCCUACCGACGCUGUUGUCUUACUCUCGACUUGACUGCAAAAGAAGAUCCUCUUAAAGUCAGCCUUUAGUCAUCCUGAACCCUUCCUCUACAGCAGCUCUCCUCCUCAUGACUCGAACACAGACAUCAGACUCUGAAUCUCUGAGGAGAUGUGACUUCAUCCAGUGGCACCCAUCCGCUACUUAUUCUGUUUUCACGCCAGAAGUUUAUAUAGCUAAUCUCAGUCAGUUGUUGUGUGCAUGACUGAAUACUGUAUUCAUUGUCACUUUCUCAGCUAAGCAAUAUUUGUCCAAAAUCUGCCAAAUUAAUAGUUAAAAACAUAACAGAGUUUAGCAUAAAAAGAGAUUGCACUCUAUAUGUCUCUCAUUUUUAAUGCACUAUUUGUUGUUUGUGUGCAAACAAUACACGUUAUACAAAUAUCUAUGUGUUUUUGGUCUAUUAAUAUGGGCGUUUGGGGAAGGGUUCUAAUGAAACAAAAUGUAUUAGAUGUGUUUGUCGUGUGUAUGUGUGAUCUGUAGAUGAUGAAUGGGCGCUUGAGAAUAUUUGUAAGCUAAUGUGAGCCUAUUCAGAUUUCUGCUCUGGUUUUUAAUACAUUUUUGACGUUUUGAACAGAAUGAAGUCAUACAAGUCUUCAGAAGAUCAAGCAGCUAAUCCUUUAAAAAGGUAUUUUAAAAUAUAAUAUAGUUAUUCAAAGGUCAUUAUUCAUUUGCACUACCUGUAUUUUUAUCUGUUAAAG